GACAAAAGAGAAAGUAAAGUACCUUUUUCACCACGUACCUGGUUUGGCAAAGACGAACGACAUUAAAGGACAAUGUGGACAUAUGUCUUUUUUCUCGUGGUGAUCAUCGUGUCCCCUGCUCUGAGUACAGAUUAUGAAAUGGUGGGUCAUGAUCCUGUUGUGGUUGAACCAAACAAAGACGCCAUCCUGUCAUGUCACGUGGAGCCUGAGACGAACCUGACCCAGGAUUUUAUGGACUGGCAUGUAAUAUUAACAAAUGGCAAUGAUAAUGUUGUGUACAGCUACAGAAGGGGUAAAGAGAUAUUAAGUGUGGAUGAUCAUUUCAAAAACCGAACGGAAAUCUUGAAAGAAAUUUUGGAAAAGGGGGACAUUUCUUUCAAAAUCCGCAAUGUAAAGGAAGACGAUGAUGGGAACUAUAUAUGUGUUGUGGAAAUCGGUGAAACCAAACGAAUACAAAGCUCUGUCAAACUUAUCGUGAGGAGUAAGGAUGAUCCGAGUCCUCUAAAAGACUCCCCUGUUUCUUCUACAGCACCAUCUCCCUCGUCCAGCUCACCUCCACCUGAUAAAAAUGUUAGAGCGAUUGUUGAUGGUCCUAUUGUUGGUGUUCUUGCUGUUCUUGGUGUUGUUGGAGUCUUCUUUCUCGUCAAACACAUAAUGAAACGUAAAGCACAACAGGGCCAUGGUGCAACAGGAUCAUCCCAAGAACCUCCCAGUGACGACGACAUGGAACAAGACACAAUGCUGAAGGGAAGAACAUCAGGAACUGAGUGAACAGGGCAGGUUUAGUUUUUCUAAUUCUGACUUGGUUUAGGAGGAUAGUGUCUGUGCUGAAUAUUUAUCAUAGUUUUACAUCAGUUAUUACAGUAAAUGACACUGCAGGGACAAUUUAUGGUCAAAGAAGACAUUUUUAUGGCUACAAAUAUCUUAACAACACACAUUAGGUGUUAAUUAGCCUGAUCAUAAUCACUGUGUAAGUCUUGGCCCAUGUUUACUUUAUAUUUACUACAUCACAGUUACAGAAUUAUCUCUGUGUGUCACAUCUGCUGCCACUGACCAACCAGGAAGUAACAUUCACAACUUUAGUAACCAAUAAAAACAAACAAACAAACACAACAAGAGACAAAUUAAGUAAGAUAUUUAUUCAGAUCUUAAAUAUACUUUCUUAAACUGAAUUGCAGUUUUCUGUGUUGAUGACGUAGGCAGAGGGAUUCAGUUUUAGGACUCAGUGAUACUUCCUGCAUUUUUGUACUUUUCAUCUUUUAACUGAUGUAAAACUGUUAUAAAUAUUUAUCUCAGGUACUAUAAUACUUACACGAUACUAUUAGCUCUGUAGUAACGGCAUCUGGUGACGUCCGGUCACAUGGAGACUCUGUGGACUUUUACACUUUAAUGUUUGACACUUUAUACAUGAGGAGAAAACUUCUCUUCUCCUCUUUUACCUACAGGUAAUCAGGUCGUUUUUACUACAGAUGAAGAUUUGUUAUGUUAUAUUGAGCGUUUUAACCUCCUAAGACCCGAGCUCUUGAGCGGCUUUAUUCAUUUCUCUUUGUUAUUUAGGCUGAUUGAACCUGAUCAGUGUAAAAACACAGAAUUACCUUUUUACAUUAUGUAGUUUGUGAGAAAACUGAUGUAAAACAAAUGUCCUCAUGUGUGGACAUUUUAAUAAUUUUGAUAGAACAUUUGAAUAAUGAUUGACAAAAACUAUUUAAGACCCUGAAAACAGGAACAUUUGUCCUGAGUAAAAACAAAAUUAGAAACAACAAUUGUGCCUCAUGUGAAGAGCAGGAGCAGGAGACAUGUGCCUUUACACAAAUAAAUAAAUAAAUAAAAAUGUUCUAAACAUUCUAAACUCUUAAAAAUGUUCAAAAUUGAAUAUAUUUGCAUUGUUGAUGUUCUUGUUGCUGUUAUUCUUCUUUUAAAAAUCUGCAUUGUGGCCUAGACCACCCAAAAUGUGUUGUCCACAUAUGAAGACGCCAGGUCCUAGGAGGUUAAUAAAAGUUAGCAUUAGCAUUGACUAACUGUUCUAAAGCAAAAAGUGUCGUCCAGUGAAGUUUCCUCCUCAUUUGUAACGUUCUAAUUAUGGAUUUUUUUGUUUUGUUUUACUUUGUGUUUACUUUAAAUGAACAGCUCUAAUAAGGUUGUGCUUUUUACAAGAACACUAUUUUUUUUGUUUUUGGGCAUUGGUAGUGUGGAAGUGUGUAUUCUGUUUGUGCCAGAGCCUGCUACAGCUCAGACUCAACUCACAGUUUGGUGCUUGUGACUCCAGGUUUGUUUAAUGUGAAAUACGACUUAAAAGCGUAUUAUGUUUUAAUGAUUCUCUUAUUUUUACUUCAUUUUGGGAGAUAACAAUUGUUGUAAAUAUAAAUUAUACCUUUACACUAAUCAGGAAGCAGUUUACCAAGAAAAAUUAAAUGUGUUGAAAAUGACAAUAAGCAGAGUCCUCACAUUUAUGACGUCACACUAGAGAGAAUCUGUCCAAACGUUGUGUGUGUGUGAACAAGUCUCUCCAUGGACCAGCACCAAAGAACAUCUCCCACAUGUUAGAGCCACAUGAACCAUCUCAGGCUCUGAGGACUUCAGGGACCGGCCUCCUGCUGGUCCCAGAGUCAGGACUAAACAUGGAGAAUCAGUGUUUCAGUUUUAUGCAACUAAAACCUGGAACAGGUUGAAGAUGUGAGACAGACCUCUACUUUGACAAUGUUUAAAUCCGGGCUCAAAAAACGUACAGUCAUAUGCCCAACUCAACGUUCUGUUGAGUUGGGCAUAUGACUAAGUUUUUUAUUCUGCACUAUUCGCUUUUAAUGUUCAUUUUAUGUUGGUUAUUCGUGAUUAUUUAUAUUUUGAUUAGUAUUGUAUAUUGUGAUUUUAAUGUCUUUCUUAUUCUGUAAAUUACUUUGUGUACGAAUUACACUGUACAAAUAAACUGAGCAGCUCCUCCUGAGUGAGCCAAAGUCCAGUGGGACCUCAGAGGCCCCGGGCCUCAGCGGUGACACUAAAACUGAGGAAUGAGCUGCAUUUACACGUCAGACUGGCUCCUCUGUGGACGUUUUGAAAUCGUGUCUUAAAACACUUAUUCACUUUGGCCUUUGACACAGUUUGACAUUUUACUAUUUUUUUGUUAUUAGAUUCUGUAUAUUAUAUCUGUAUAUGUAUAUGCAUGUUCUUUUUAUGGUUCUUUUUUGUAGCACUUUGGUCAACCUGUGCUGUUUUUAGUACAUUAUAAAUAAAGGUCCCGUGGCAGUGGUCUUGGAGCUGGAGGGUCUGACCUGUUGUU